AUGGCGGCUGGCGGCAGGAGACAGUGGAGCACGACGGUCAGCGGCGGAGCACGAUGCCAUCGGGCGGCGAUGACGCUACGGCGGUCGGCCUAUCUCGCGGUCCGCGAACCAGCAAGUCCGUCGAGCCACACCACCGGAAGCUUCCGACGAGACGACGAGCUCCGCGCCUCGCCGAAGAUCUCCCUCUCUCUCUUUGGCGACGGUGGAGAUUCCAUCCGCGCCGCGAUUCUCUCCGGUCCUCGCCGCGCUUCCUCCCCCCGCGUCUCCGACGCGAGGCGCUUCAUCCCGAUCGACUGUGGAGUGAUCGAUCAAGCCGCAUCCGAAUCCCGGCGAGCUACACACCGACACGCUCGGAGGCGAUCGCAUGAGUACGCCGCGCCGCAGGUGGUGAUGUCCGACAACACCAGGGGGCUCGUGCUGGCCGUGGCCUCGAGCGCGUUCAUCGGAGCCAGCUUCAUCCUGAAGAAGAAGGGCCUCAAGCGCGCCGGCGCCGCCGGUACUCGCGCAGGGAUUGGAGGAUAUACAUACUUAUUAGAGCCGCUUUGGUGGACAGGAAUGGUCACAAUGAUUGUUGGAGAGGUUGCCAAUUUUGUGGCUUACGUUUAUGCUCCAGCUGUCCUGGUGACGCCUCUUGGUGCAUUGAGUAUAAUAGUCAGUGCUUUUUUGGCGCACUUCAUGUUGAAGGAACGGCUGCAAAAGAUGGGCAUCGUAGGAUGUGUCUGUUGCAUCGUUGGGUCAGUGGUGAUUGUAAUCCAUGCUCCUCAAGAGCACACUCCAAGUUCAGUCCGAGAAAUUUGGGAUCUAGCUACGCAACCAGCUUUUCUUAUUUAUGUCGGAGCAACAAUAUCUACGGUGUUAGCUUUGGUGUUGUAUUUUGAACCUCACUAUGGCCAGACAAACAUACUUGUCUACUUGGGGAUAUGUUCUCUGAUGGGUUCACUUACGGUUGUCAGCAUAAAAGCUAUUGGUAUCGCGAUAAAGCUUACUUUGGAGGGGAUAAGUCAAAUUGCUUAUCCGCAGACUUGGUUCUUUGCUACAGUUGCUGCAGUUUGUGUCAUCACUCAGUUGAACUACCUUAACAAGGCAUUAGACACAUUCAAUGCUGCCAUCGUUUCACCAGUGUAUUACGUGAUGUUCACGACUCUGACGAUUGUUGCUAGUGCAAUAAUGUUCAAGGAUUGGUCAGGUCAGACUGCAAGCAGCAUAGCAUCUGAGAUAUGUGGAUUCAUCACUGUACUUUCAGGAACAAUCAUACUUCAUUCAACAAGAGAACAGGAAUCAGUUAAUGCACGAGGCACUGUGACGUGGUAUGUUGGUGGGGAUUCCGUAAAAAGUGUUGGGGAAGAACAUCUAGUCACAUUGAGCAAUUCAGAUUACUUGGAGCGUUGAGAAUUUACAUAGAACGAGCUCAAGAGAGACUUCUCCUUUGGUCAUGGAAAGUUUUUUCGUUAUUUGAACACUCCACCCAACGAUUUUCACACUGUUGACGUGGUGAGAGUCUAGCGCUUUGCCAAGCAAAGCGUGAGGGAGCCAAUUUGGCUGGUGUGCAUCUCUGUUAGUUUCAGUUUGACGAGCCUUGCGCUGGGGUUUUGAAUUGAUGAAUCCCCAUUUUCUAAGCCAUUGCACUGAAAUCCGCACUGGAUGUGCGAGCAGCGCCCCAUCAACCCGGAGGUCCCAGACAUGAAGAAGUUGGCAACAAAGCAAGUGUAUUCUGUACAUAUAUUUGCUGACAUUUUCUUCAGUCAACCAUUUUUUAGUGUUUACAUGAGUUGUAAGUGAGCGCAUAGUUUUCGUGCAGAUUCAAUGUCGAUGAAGAAGUUUUGCUUCCAAUAAUGAGGAUUGUCGCUUUGAUCUCAUUCUUUGUGCAAGCCCAAGUGUCUUUUGUCCCUUAACUUCUUGUUCCCCUGAAAGCUACUGGAGGGAAGUGCUUGCGUGAGAGUCGAGAGACUUGUAGAUGGCUGACAGCGUUCCCCACACAGAUGGGAAGUCUUGCAAACGGAAAGGUAUCCAUACUUGUAAGUCAUGCUAUUUCUCUUUGUACACACACAUACAGAGGGAGAGAGAGUCGUCAUUUUCCCAGCGGCAUAUCGGAAAAUCUCCGCGAUGGAGUUUCUCUUCAGCUGUUUUGGGUGAGAGAGAUUGUGUUACUUUCCAUCGAACGGCCUAGCAUUGUAACCAUCACGUCAGACUGGAUCGGCUAAUACGUAGGAUAGCUGAUACAGAA